AUGCAUGACGAAGAUUGUCAAUUACCAAGCCUUGAUUGGUUAACUGAUUCCGUAAAACGUAAAUCGUCAACACCGCAUAUUCCUGAUCUUCUUAUUUCUAAUUUUUCACAACAGAAGAAACAUUCGGCAGUUCACCAAGAUCGAAAAAAUGCAUUGAAUGAUGUGGAUUUUUCAAAAGAAGCAAUAAAACCACCUUAUAGUUAUGCUGAAUUAAUAACAUUAGCAAUGCGUCAUCAUGGACAAAAUAAAGUAUUACUUAGUGAUAUCUAUGAUUAUGUGAGGAAAAAUUUUGCAUGGUAUCGAAAAACAGAUGUCACAUGGCAGAAUUCAAUAAGACAUAAUCUUUCACUAAAUAAGCAAUUCAUUAAAUUACCGCGUAAAAAAGGUGAAAAAGGAAAAGGUUCAUAUUGGAUGCUCGAUCAUAAUGCAAUGGAUUCAUCUGGUUUGAAAAUGAAAAAGAAUGGAUCAAUUACACAUUGUAAGAUGAAAGUUUUGGAGAAAGACUGCAAGCCAACAUUAAAUCCUGCAGUUCUUUCAUAUUUAAAAAAGCAAAAUGAGUCAAAAAAGCAAUCAAAUCUGAAUAAUUUAUGCUUAACCAAUCAUUCGCCACAAAUCAUGGAAAUUGGUGUUGACGAAAUAUUACAUCCUGAAAAUGUUGAACUAACACCUGCAACUGAUGAAAAUUUCAAUUUUCAUUUGUCAUCUAUUUCACCACCAAUAAUUUCGAGCUUUACAGAAUAUGAAAAUGAUCAGGAAUUAUUGCAAGCAGAAGAUCCAGGAAAUAAUUAUUAUCAAUUGCAAACAAUAAUUGACCAUGAUAAAUCACCAGUAUGGUGGCGAAAUGAAGAAAAUUCAUCGUUGCUAAAUUCAUCCGACUUUGGACAGUCAACACUGCCAAGAUUUACCGAUGCAUUUGCAAAUGGUACCUUCGAGAAUUCAUUAAGUCCAAAUAUGGACUUAGAAAAACAUCCGUGGCAGGAAGUUGAUUUAAAAAUCACUGAUGAAUGUUUAUUCUUUGAUUUGUCUAUGUGA